AUUCGUGCGUUGAACCUUGGAGACUUCACAUCGAGUUUGGAGGAUCAAAUCCACGUUGGGUUUUGCUACCACACAACUACAACUGUCAUCCACAAUACAAUACACGCGCUGUGUCUCUGUCUGCUUCGUUCGCUGGCUGGCUUUGUGUUUCUGUGUGUGUGUGUACGCGCCGUGUUGAUUUGGCAUAAAUUGUAAUAACUUUACAUUUAUUGUUACAAAUAAUCGUCGAGCGCUAAUAAAACGCAACUGUUAACUGUGCGCCAGCGUCGCUGCUAACGUCGUCGUCGUCGCCGUGUGCGUUGUGUGCAAGAAAAAUUUAGUUAAUUUAAAAUCAAAAGAAAGUUAACCAUAAAUUUGUGAUAUAUAUUAUUUGAAUUCGCCCCCCCGCCCUCGCCCUGUGCAGUUCUCUACGGAAAGCUUAUAAUUUAAUUGCAAUUUUUACAUAUGUAUUCGAAUACUUUGUGAAAAGAGAAAAAAGAAAAAAAAAUCAACCUCAACCAUUAAAAAAUUCAUUACAACUGUGAUUCCAAUAAAACUGGCAACUUUGCUUUAAAUAUUUUUAGCCAUUUGCAAUAACUAAUAACAAUUACAAUAACGAACUUUCCAACGCAACCUUUGAACACAUUUCACUUGGGGCCUACAACUAAAACCUAUGCAAUUGGAUGAAAACUGUAUUUGAGCCGUGUAAGAGUCAGUCACGAAGCAAGUACGAGAAAAGGCUAAUUAUUUGGACGGAAGUUAGUUAAGUAAACACAAAUACGAACUGAUUAUACAUAAUAGCAAAAACAAAUACAACGAGGCAAAUCAAAAGGAAAGGAGUCAAGAGUUGUUGGCGCCGCAGCUGCAACAGGAAAUAAACGCAACACAAAUUUCGCUGGGCGAAAGUCAACAACAACAAAAACAACAACAAACACCAAACAACUUUUAAAAUAAACACACACACUCACACAGAGUUGGUCUAGCCAGCAUGGAACGCGAGUCAAAUCCAAUGCAACCCAUGUGCCGCUCUGGAUGCGGAUUUUAUGGAAAUCCAGCCACAGAUGGUCUAUGUUCAGUUUGCUACAAGGACUCGCUUAGAAAAAAGCAACAGCCACCUGUGAGCAGCACACCUGUCUCAGUUCCAAGCCCGCAACCUAGCCCCACAUUCAGUCCGGCCAUUGCAACAACCAACACCGCACAGCCCACAGUACAGAGCUUACAACAGUCACACAAUGAUGUAAAAGAGAAAAUCACUGACGAUGCCGCUGCCGCUGCCAAAUCCAAUAGCGAAGCCAUCAUAUCGGCGACCGGUCCAAAUACUUCCACACAAGCAGCUGCCUCCGCCAGUGAGCAGGAUGACAAGGACAAGGAGGAUGACAAGGAUGCCAAAAAGAAGAAGAACCGAUGUGGUGAAUGCCGCAAGAAGGUUGGCCUGACUGGUUUCCAGUGUCGCUGUGGCGGUUUGUACUGUGCCGUGCAUCGUUAUUCCGAUAAACAUAAUUGCACAUUCGACUAUAGAGAGCAUGGUGCACAGGAGAUACGACGCAAUAAUCCGGUUGUAGUUGGCGAGAAAAUUCAAAAGAUUUGAAUUUGCGUGAGAUUGUGCCAGUAACAGUAGACGUAGAAUAACAACUACACGUUAUGAUAUAGUAUAUCCAUAUAUACAUAUGAUGAUGCAACGCCACAACAAAACAAAAAUAAUAACAACAUCAACAACAAUAUGAAACAAAACACACCACACUCACACACACACACACACACACAUAAAUAUAUAUAUAUUUAUAUAUAUAUAUAUAUAUAAAUACUAUAAAUAAUUGUAAUUGUAAUUUAAUUAUAAUGUUAACAAUAACAAGCAACAAUAGUACAGAAACGUUAACCAAAUACCACGCAAACAAGAACAACAACAAACAACGGGAACUGCACCAGCAACAACAACAUCACGGAACAACAUUCAUAAGUACGACGCAGUAGCAACAGCAACAGGACCAGCAAACAGCAACAACAAUCAACAACAACAACAGCUACAGCUACAGCAACAGCAACUUUAUCACAGACUUGAACCAGACGCGUAUCAGCGCGUUAGCAAGUACAACAAACAAUCGAAAACCGCCUUUUGCUGCUGUGUAAACUGUAUAAACUGUGACCUGGGACACUACAAAAAGCAAUCCUGAACCAUCAUUUAUUUUGUUAUUCCAAAUGCAAGUUGCAAAAUUUUUGUAUUCGAACCUUGUUCUUCGCCAACAACACAACAAGUACACACACACACACACCCACAGAACAGAACAACUAAUUGUUACAAAGUACACGAAAACCGAUAAAUUUUAUGUAGAGAACUUUUGUAAUUUGUGUUUGUAAUGUGUUGUAUGUGUAAAAAGCAAAUUAAAAAAAAAAAAUGGCAAAAAACACAAGCAAAACAACUAAAGCUAAACCACAAUCCCCAACAACAAACCGCUUAUAGAAAACAACUAUUUCAUAAUUUUUAAUUAUUGAUUAAUUAAUUAUGUAUGUACAUGUAUUACACAAAAAAAAAAGAAAAGAAGUGAAAUCUUACAAAAACAAGAAAAAACCCACAAUGUAAAAAUAAAUUCCUUUCGGCAUGUUGUCUCGCUCCGCAAGAACCUUUUAGGAAUACAGCAAGAAAACAUAAUGGCAAAGGAGUGUAUUAAAAACUAAAUACAUCAAAGUUAAUAUAUAAUUACCUAGUAAAUCAAAGCAGAAGAAUGCAGUGCAAGUUGUGCGAUUUUCAUUUAAUUAUCUUUAUUAAUUUUAUUUGGUCCCAAUCACGCAAAAUGUUACAUUUAUUUUGAACUUUUGAUUUUGAUGAAUUAUUUGUCUGUACACACAAACAUACAUAUAAUAUGCAUAUACAUUUAGAGAUAGAUGUACAUGAGAUAUAUACUUUAACAAUUCUGCUGGGUAUAUGAAAAUUGUAAACAAUGUACGCUAUGUUCAUAUGGUAAUUAAUUUGCAAAACAUGAACGAAAAUCUGCAAAUGGUCAAAUAUACACGGUUCGUCUCUAGGUUCUUAUGGCUUUAAGCGUUAUUUAGUUUUUUCUUUGGUUAUGUUAAAAAACAAACAAAAAAAACAAAAAAAAUCAACGGGCAUAUAUAAAAGAUCUUUUACUUUUGCUUUCUUCCUUUUAGUAACUACAAUUUUAUUACAAACGAAUUACAAUAACACAUAGAUAUAAAUUUUGUUGUUAGCAUUAGACAUUAUACAAGCAUAUACAAAAAACAAAAAAAAAACAAAAAUAAAAAUAUAUAAAUACAAUAAAAAGAUAAAACAAGGAAAAUGAAAAAAAUGUUGAUUCGAAAAUUGAAAUAAGUCCGAAAAACUUCAUAAAAGCCUUACCUUUUUGGCACACAGCUGUUCGAAAAAGUGAGCAAAAACAAUAAUCAAACAAUACAAGAAAUUAACUGAGUUCAAAGAAGGCAUCAUCCAAAGAAAGCAUUAUCCACGCUACUGACAACGUCCACGUUCAACUUUCGAACAAUUAUAAAAGACAGAAGGGUAGACAGACCAGGAGUAAAGCUUGUUUUGGGGGCAAUAUAAGUACAUACAUAUAUCGGUAGCUAUUGUUUUUAUUUUUUAUGUUUUUUUUUUGGAUUGGUUAGCGACUCUUUGGAUUAUACUCUGAUAAUGAUGUUGUUUUGGGGGCGCCUUCUGUAAGCGAUUUCAGAUAGAAACUUAAAGCAAUAGCAAAGCACAACCGUAUACAAACAAUAAAGAAAAGUUUCAAUAGGCAAGUCAAGAAAAUAAAAUAAAUAAAAAAAUACAAAACAAAACUGUACAAAACCAGCUACUUCAACAUACUUGUAAUAAUAUAUAAAUAAUGCGGUCGUAUAUAAAGUGUAUAAAUAAUAAUUGUAAAUUUUAAAGGGAAUACGAGCUGCACGCAAAUACAAAUAACUGAUGAAAAACGACAACCAACAAGAACAGCAAAAUUGUCAUUUUAAUUUUAAUCAAAACUUUAUUUAGUCGUUUAAAUUUAACAUUUUUGAAAUCUUUCAACUAAACUGCAAAUAAAAAAUCAAUUUACACAUACGUAUAUCAUAAUUCAAUAAACACUUUAAAAUUAAUUAGUAAAAUUGUAUGCAUUAAAGUAAACAUAUUUAAAUAUACAGACACAAAAUGAAACCUAAAAAAAAAAAAAAAAAAACAAAGCUACAAAUCUAUAAAUACCGCAAUAUCGCUUGGAUCCCCGACCUCACCGACAAAUUAUAUGGGGUGAAUAAUAGCUCAAUUUAAGCUGUUCAAUUAAAGCUAUGGGGUCUAGGUUUCUGGCCAGCUUAUUUACAAGUAGGCUUAACGAAAAAGAUAAAAAUUUACACCAAUUUUAACAAGUUCGUAAAUACGUAGUUCUCUUUUUUUGUUUUGGUUUAGAUAUAGUUUAUGAUAUUAUAGUUUGAAACGCUUUAGUGUCGUUUUAGUUGAAAUUGUGUUUAUGUUUAAUAUGAUGCAAGUGAAAAGGCAAAUAAUUACCAAUUAACUAAACUAUUUAUGUACAUACAUACAUAUACACACAUAUGCAAACAUACUAUUGUCGUAUUGUAAGCGUCAUUAAUUUUAAUUAACAGUUUUUAUUAUUAUUAUUCAAUUUCUAUUUGCUGUUCUAGUAUUCUUUAGAGUUUCAUCAUUUUUGUUGGGCGCUCUUAGUCACUUUUUGUGCUUAUAAACUUAAGAACACAACAAUCCCCACUCAAAAUCAAUCCAAUUCAAUCGACUAUUGUUCAUAUUUUGUAAUUGCUAGCAAAAUUUGACAUUUGCUUUGUUUUGAUUUAGGGCUUGUAACUUUUGUUGGCAGAUACGGAAAAAUCAUAUGUAGUAUGUAAAAACAAAAA